UUCUAACCUUUUGGAUAGAAUGUUAUGUGACCCAUAAAUGCCAACCACUAAAAUAUCGUCUAUCAAGAAGGGAUUCUCUCAUGUUAAAUUUUCUAAUUUCAAUUAUUAAAUGCCUUUACUAGUUUCUAACAAUUUAAAAAAAUAAUAUGCCGAUGCCGGGCAGGCAACCACCACCAUUAUGAUGAUGAGCAGUACUCUUCCCGGGAGCAUUCAUAGUAUUUGCAAUAACCUGAUUCCAGGAAACUGUGAGCACCAGAAUCAGCUGGGACUGUAAGACAAAGCUCGCUAGCUAUGCUCUUGAUUUGAUUGGAUCUCUCUGUUUCAAGAGGUUAUUGUAAAAUUAUCAAUUUUAGGAUUUGAUAGUGAAUCAACCGGCAAUUUGAGGUUAGCCUUUUUUUUUUUCUUUUUGGAGCUUAAUUUUUGUUGGAAGAUAUGGAUAGCUCGGCGACUACAACUCUCUUUCCGUUGCACCGUACUAAGACUUUGCAUCUGGUGAGGCAUGCCCAAGGAGUUCACAAUGUAGAAGGAGAAAAGGAUUUCAGCGCUUACAAAUCUGAAGAAUUCUUUGAUGCUCAACUUACUCCUCUUGGAUGGGAGCAGGUUGAUAACUUGCAUAAGCAUGUUCAUGAAUGUGGACUUGAUAAGAAGGUUGAAUUAGUAAUCGUGUCUCCGUUACUAAGGACGUUGCAAACAGCAGUGGGAUCAUUUGGUCCUGAAGGAUACGCGGAUGGGACGGAUGUCACACCACUAAUGGUGGCAAAUGCAGGGAAUAGCAAUUGUUCUGCAAUCUCAAACUUAAAUACCCCACCAUUCGUAGCAGUGGAGCUUUGCCGAGAACAAUUGGGUGUUCACCCAUGUGAUAGGAGGAGAAGUAUAUCUGAAUAUCGGACCAUGUUUCCUGCAAUCGAUUUCUCACUGAUAGAAGAUGAGGAGGAUGUUUUGUGGCAGGCUGAUGUAAGAGAGUCAAGAGAAGCUGUUGCUGCCAGGGGAAUGAAAUUUAUCAAUUGGUUGUGGACACGUAAAGAGAAAGAGAUUGCAGUCGUCACCCAUAGAGCUUUCUUGCGUCAGACCCUCGGUGAACUUGGAGACGACUGCCACCCAACAGUGCAGAAAGAAAUCCGCAAUCCCUUUGCUAAUUGCGAGCUUCGUUCGGUGGUGAUCACUGAUAAUGGGGCUUGAUAGGGUCUGAUACUUCAGUUACUAACUACCCUGGAAAGAUUCCUAGUGUGCUACAUCUUCCUAGUGAUCGAUGCUGCACUUAACAAGCACUCACCAGAGCAAGGAGCACCAAAUUCCUAAGCCUAGAUUGGUUAUCUUGAUUUUUACUUGCAAUAUUGUAUUAUUCUGUGUAUCUGAACCACACACGGGUGGAGAUUUCCAACGUCGGCGAAUAUAUGAAAUAACGAUUUGAGAUGGCUACUUAGAGACCCAUAAUUCAUUUCUUUGGGAUAGGACUGCAGUCUUAUACAACACAUUACUUGUAAUGGAAAUCUAAGCGAAAGAUAGUUGUUUUUUUUAUCAUGUACUACAAAAACCAACUGAUUCUAAAAGAGAGAACUAAUAGUUACCAUGGAUUUGAAGGA